AUGGAUGAACAGAGAUAUCUCUACGUUUCUGACUACAAAAAACAUGAAGUAAGACGAUAUCAAUUGAAUGGUAAGAAUGGCACUGUCGUAGCUGGUGGAAAUGGCGCUGGUAGCGGCCUCAAUAAAUUCGACGAGCCGACUUAUCUCUUUGUUGAUCGAGAACAGAAUAUCUACGUGUCAGACUACAACAAUCAUCGUGUAAUGAAAUGGAAUAAAGGUGCAAAAGAAGGUAUUGUAAUCGCUGCAGGUCAAUACUACGGGAAUGCUCCGACUCAAUUGUUUUACCCUAACGGAAUCUUUGUCGAUAUGUGGGGUACACUCUAUGUAGCAGACCAGGAAAAUCAUCGUGUAAUGCGUUGGACUCAAGGAGCAAAAGAAGGCACUGUAAUUAUGGGUGGAAACGGCCCAGGAGCAGGAGCAAAUCAGUUCAACCUCCUCGGUGGUCUAUCUUUCGAUCGAGAAUGUAAUCUUUAUAUCGCCGAUUGGGGUAAUAAUCGUGUUCAACAAUUUUCGAUCAAAUAA